AUGAAAAAAGUGAAGCUAUCAAGAGAAGAUAAUGAGAACACUGCUACAACAUCCAACAUUAUCUUACAGGCAAUUAUUGAAGAAGGAGGAAAUAUAAACGAGAUUGAAGUUAACUUAAUAGCAUCACCUAGUGGGAAGAAAACCUCAAAAUCAAAGAAAUUUGACGAUGUUGCAAAACAAGAAGUUUCAGUGAAAUCUGAAAAUAUUGAAAAUACUGGUGGGGACGUUGCAGUAAAAGUUGAAGUCGAUACAAAAGUUGUUGAACCUCCAGUUUGCCCGGCAAAGGAUUCUUCGAUAAAAACUGAAGAAAAGUCGUUGCAAGAUCAGGUUCAAGAUGAAACGGGGGUUGAUGGGGAUAAGGGGGAAGAUGGGACGAGGGGGGAAGAUGGUUCGGCCGAUGAGGACAGAGCGGGGCAAGACGGUUCAGGUGAGGACGGAGCGGGGCAAGAUGGCUUGAGCCAAGAUGGUACGAGGGAAAAUGGGACGGAAGACAAUGGGAAUGGAUUCGACGAUGGAAAGAGCAACGGUGAUGUGUUGAACCAUGCUGAUGAUGUCAUGAACAACACUAAUGAUGUCAUUAACAACACUGAUGAUGUCAUUAACAACUCUGAUGAUGUCAAACACAGCAAUGAUGAUGUCAUAAACAACUCUGAUGAUGUCACAAGCAAUACUGAUAAUGUCAUAAACCAAAGCGAAGAUGUCAUAAAUAGCACUGAUGAUGUCACAAACCAUGCUGAUGAUGUCAUAAAUAGCUCCGAUGAUGUCACAAAUAAUGAUGCAAACAACCAGGACGAUACAACAACUACGGGCGAUGGAAUGGAUAGCAUGGAGGUCGGGGAUGAACAAGAUGUUGUUGUCGCCAUCGAGGAAGACGUGCUGGAUAUGUUGGAUUACGACCUCGAGAUUCCCGACAAACCAGAUGGUGGGGAUGCAAGUGAAAAUGUCAAACAUGAAAAUAAAGAAGAAAUUAAAAGUGAAUCGUCAUCAUCAGGUGUUAGAUCUUCAUCAAGGUGUAAGAACGAGGAUACUGGAUGUAAAAACUUGUGGGUGAGUGGGUUGUCGGCCACUACCCGCGCUAGUGAGCUCAAAGUCGCCUUCAGCCGAUACGGGAAGGUUGUUGGAGCCAAAGUCGUCACUAACGCUAAAAGUCCGGGUUCGAAAUGUUUUGGUUUUGUAGCGAUGGCAAGCGUUGCUGCUGCUGAUAAAUGUAUUUUGCAUCUUAAUAAAACGGAGCUUCACGGGAGAACCAUUACAGUGGAGAGGACGAUGAGCGAUCCAUCAACAUCACGCAAACCCGAUCGUAAACCAACAUCAACUUCCGAUAAAACAAACAAGGACUUGAAUAAAGCGGACAAGAUGAAAGAGAGUACAUCCGACAAGAAAUAUUCAACGAAUGAAAAGUCUAGAAGUUUAAAUGACGGAGCAAAUAAAGAAGACAAAUCAUCUGCACGCCGACGAUCACAAAGUGACAUUGGGAAAAGCCGAGGAAACGAUCGUCAAAACAGCAGGGCUGGGGAUAAGCGACACAACGCAAGCGAGCCAAAGCCAACAAACCGUGAAGAACCUUACAGGAAACGAGUGCGACAACAAGAUAAUGCUGGUCGAAAGGUCGUCAUGGAUACGAACAAAGGGGAAAUGAGUUUACGGGUCAACGUUAGCGCCUCCAGUGGUCGCAAGCCCAACAUGGUAAAGCGAGUCUCGAAACCAGUGAACCAUGACAAGAAACAACCAAUCAGGAAGCCGGAAGUUCUCACUCUGGAGCAAAUCCGUGCUCAGAGGAGGGAUGCUCCUAGGAGGAGAGUGGGAGAAGGGAGGAACCAAUCACUGGCUGCGAGUGCCUCAGGAGUGGAGAGGGAGAGAGCAAUGUUAAGAAGAGAAAGAGAAGAAAGGGAGUUUCUCCGGUUAGAGAGGGAGAAGCUGGAGAGAGAGAGGAGACAGUUGGAGAGGGAUCGGUUGGAACGAGAGAAGUUGGAACAAGAACGCAUACGGUUGGAACAAGAACGGAAACGAGAAUUGGAGCGGAUCGAACGUGAGAAAGAAGAAAUGAGAAGAUUACAGGAAAUGAAUCGGUACGAACAGACACAACGCCAACGACUUAAACGUUCGUACGACGAGCGUGGAAGGUCUCCUGCUAAUAAUGGAUAUCAUAAGCGGGAGGGGGUUGGUGGUGAAAGGGAGGGAAGGAGGGGUGAUCGAGAUGAUAGGAAGGGGAAUUACAGCGAAUAUGAACGUUCCUCUCAAUCGCAAUCACAGAGCUCGUAUCGAAAUAUACAGCGAGGAUCAGCCGCUCGAAUAUCACGAGUCACGAAGACAGAUUAUCACGAUGUUGAUCGUCGCCGUGACAACGAGAUGAUGCACGACACCGACGCUCGAUACGAGGCACGUCGAGUGGAGAAAUAUCGGGGGGUUGGGGUCAAAACGAACAAUACUGGUCGGGGCUAUGAAGCCACGAACGAUCGUCGCAUUGAUGUUUCACGUGAGUCGGUUCGUGAUACAUCUCGUGAUACUUCCCGUGAUCAUAUUCGUGAAUCUGUUCGUGAGACUCCUCGAGAUCAUGGUCGUGAUAUAACUCGAGAAACAACUCGUGAAACAAACCACGCACGUGAUAUAUCUCGUGAAGCAGCAAGACGUCAUGUAGAGGAGGUUGGUCGUAAAGUUGUUCCACGCGAGCGAUUAUCGGACGAUCAGCGAUAUCGUCGUUCAUCUGCGACCAGUGAAACAUGGAGGGAUACGAACACUAGAGGGCCAGCCACCGAUCGUGAUUUGAGGGAAGAGAUUCGAGGAAGACAGGCAACGGAUUACACGGAACCUUCACGUCGUAAACUACCUGAACGUACGUCACAUGAUCGGAGAAGUGGUUCACGCUCCGUUGCAGAUCACGGAGAAUAUCAACGUAGCACAAGUCAUGGUGUGUCGCAUAAAAAACAAACGACACCAGAGGUCAGUGGUAAGCCGAUCCCGACGCAAACGAGUCGCGUUGGUGGCACGCAUAGUGGUUGGACGUGGCAGGAUAGCCAGCGUAAUGUUACAAACUCUAUGUGGGCAGGGAGUGCCGUACCUACGUUGGCUACAGCACAGUUUGGUCUCGCCACACCACAAGCCCCGUUACCCAACCCAAUGCUUGGCCAUGGCAUCAAUGCUGCUUAUAUCUCAUCGGAACAACAUGGAGCUGUUGAAAGAUUUCCAACUUACAAAUCAAUCAGAAGAUAUUAAACACUACUGCCUUUGUAAUAAAUGUAAAUAAACGACGCUGAAAUAUUCA